CACAGUUGAACGGACCGGCCUGUUACUCCUUUAAGACCUAAAGAACGACGCAUAAGCAGAUUUCAGCGGACGCAUCUAUCAGUCGGCUGCACAGAUUGCACCGAUUCAAGGAGCAUAAAAGACGCAGAACUACACACUGUUAACGAAAGCGUGGGUCCCUACCUAUCCUGACUGGCCCCGUGUGACUGUAGCCACACGAGGCCCCAGCUCUACCCAGACUCCCAGUCCUUCCCGAAGAUUCGCCCAUUAAAUUGAACUUCGAGUGUUUUCAAGUUCCCACUACUGCCUGAACCCCAACAAUGGCAGACGACGAUGAGGAGGAACAGGUCCCCAGUUUCGCAGAAGAUGAAAGGGUGCAAUUUGUCGCCAACAAACUCUGCCAGUCACUAAAAGUGAAGUCGGAGAAAUGGGACAGCUAUAUCGCCCUGGAGGAGAAUCAGGCAGUUCUCAGCGACUUUCUGGAGAGGGACACCAACAGGAUGUUGGUAUUUUACAUCACAUCGGCCGGCCUUUUGGCUGCUACUCGUGAGGUCUCGGCAGAUUGUAAACACAGGGGAGUGUAUGUUCUUAAGAAGAGGGCCGGCUGCGUUCAUUCUGACAAUUACAAGACAUCGCUGCUGUUCGGGACUGUGUCUCUGUCGCUGCUGGAGCAGGUGUCCAGCACUGUUGAAAAGAUUUUUGUUCCAGUUCUUUCCAACAGAAGAAACCACCAGGGGUGGCCUAAUUUCACGUCCCAGGACGUCUCUCGCCAUGUGGAGAGUCUGAGGAACAAGGUGUCUGUGGUGGAAGGGCAGCGCUCCGGUCGGACCACCCUGCCUAUCCCGGCUGCGACAGCCAGGAUCGGAGGAGCGCAGCCGGACAGCGGCAAUGUGCGAGAUUACAGGGACAGGACGGUGAUACAUGCCACAGAGUCCAUGGUGAUAAGCUGGACACACCAGAUCAGAGACGUGCUGAAGGAAGACUCUGCCGGGCUUCUCCUGGAGGGGUUCAAUCCAGGCCCCAGCGCUGAGCUGGACUUCUGGAGCUCUAGAAGAGAGAAUCUGCUGAGCAUUCACACGCAGCUUCAAAGCCCUGUUGUCCAAAAAAUGGGGAAGAUUUUGAAAAUGACUGACAGCAGCUAUUAUCCCACAUUCAGGACUACUGUUAUGGAUGUAGCUGAUGCUCUGGCAGAGGCCCAGGAUGUGGAGCUGCACCUGCAGCCACUGCACAGGCACCUGGCUCUGCUGCAGGACACGCUGUUCCCUCAGCUUCGGCCUCUCCUGCCUCCUCUCUUUCACACCCUGGGCCUCCUCUGGACCCGCUGCAAGUCCUUCCACACCCCCGCGCGGAUCGUCGUCCUCCUCCAGGAAUUCUGCAACCUGCUCAUCGAGCAGGCUAUAGAUUACUUGUCACCUGAAGACCUCCUCAAAGGAGAACCAGAGGAAGCACUGGAGCAGGUCCAGGCGUCUCUGAAGGUCUUCAGGUGUUUUAGGGAGACUUUUGUGAGCUGCAGAGAGAAGCUUGCAGGCUUCAUCCGCAGUGGAGAGACGUUCAAGCCCUGGGACUUCCCCUCCCAGAUGGUGUUCACGCGAUGUGACAGGCUCCUCGCACGUCUUCUUGAAGUGGAGGACCUAUUACUCAUCAUGCUGGAGUUUCAGAAGCUGGAGAAGCUGGAGUUUGGAGGAAGCAAAGGGAAAGUGUUCAGUGACGGCAUUUGUAAGAUGCGUGAUGAGUUUUUGGAGUCCUGCAGAGUAUUUAAGGACGGUGACUACAACCCUCUAGACUAUAACAGUCAGGAAUUCGAACGGCAUUAUGAAAUGUUUAAAAGGAAAGUCUUGGAUUUUGAUAGACGCCUUGCCACUAUCCUGUACAUGGCAUUCAAUGACUGCUCCGGUUUGGAAUCUGCACUGAAGCUGCUUAUUGUAUUCGGAUGCUUCCUGGAAAGACCUGCUGUCAAGGAGAUUUUUAGUUCCAGUUUUCCGAAGGUGCUGCAGCUCUUCAACCAGGAGUUGGAAAGGUGUAAACAGCUGUAUGACUCCAACAUUAAACAGGUGCAGAACUGUAAGAACAUGGUAAACAAGAAUAUGCCUUUAACAGCAGGAUCCCUCAAGUGGGCAAAUGAGCUCAAGGAAAGAAUUCAGUCCCCUUGGAAAAACCUAAAGCUUGUCUACAACCUCUCCGGAGCUCCAGAAGCAGAGCUGGUCUGUCGGAAGUUCGUGGAGAUGCUGUCCUUGCUGGGCCGGUACGAGGAGGAGGUGUACUCAGACUGGGCGGCAGGGGUGGAGGGAGUUUGCCAGUUCAACCUGGAUCAGCCUCUCAUUAAGCGUGAUUCCCUCAGUGGCCUCCUCUCUGUGAAUUUUGACCCUCAGCUGGUGGCUGUUCUUCGAGAAGUGAAAUAUCUCCAAAUGCUAAACCAGACCAAUAUUCCCGAGGCUGCACUGGCGAUGUAUGAAAAGAAAGAAAUGUUUAUUAAGUAUGUGGGGGGCCUGGAGCUGCUGGUGCAGGAGUACAACAAGCUCAAGCAGUCUGUCCUGGAGGUGGAGCUCCCUCUGGUCAGGCAGGAGGUGACGGCCAUUGACGGGCGUCUGCGUGCCGCCGAGGAGACCCUGAGGUGGACGCAGCAGGGCUGCUGGGAGCGGGUCAGCGCGGUGAAGGACGCGGUGUGCGAGCUGGGGCGCCGCGUCCAGGCAGCGAAGGGCAACGUGGGGGGGCUCCAGACCCUCGCGAAGGGCUGGGGCGGGCGGGCCCUGUUCUGCAGAAGAGACGGCAAGCGGGACGCCCUGCUCUGCCUGGAGGACAGGGCCGACAGGGCGGCGAGGAGCUGCGGCUCCGUGCGGCGGGACGGCGAGCGGAUCCACGGGCUCGUGGAGGAGAACCGCGGCCUUUUCCGUGCGGAUCCGUCCUCUGGCGCGUGGAAGGUGUACCUGGAGUACGUGGACGAGAUGGUGGUCGAUGGGCUCUUCUGCUCCAUCAGGCGCUCUCUGGAUUUCUUCAUCGAGAACACGGAGAGCACCUUCAGGCCGGCGCCUCUGUUUGAAGCACAGAUUAUCCUCAGAGCCCCGGAAAUCACCUUCCAGCCCUCUCUGGACAAAGAUGCUGCAGAUGGCUUCUAUGAUCUAGUGGACGAGCUGCUGAGUGACGUUUUUAAAGUGUCAGCGCAGGUGAAGAGAGUCGCUGGGCACUUGGGCAUGGAAGACUACCAGCAUGACAUGGAGGACAUGCUGGACCUGUCUGACCUGCGGCAGGAAGUUCUGGACAGAGUGGACGAUGUCAUCAGAAAGGCAGUGGAGUACAAGAGUGUGUUUGAGCCCUACCGCCACCUGUGGGUGGACGACCGAGGCGAGUUCAUGAAGCAGUUCCUCCUCUAUGGCCACGUGUUGACCACGGAGGAGAUCGAGGCUUAUGGUGAAGACCCGAUCCCUGAGAAUCCUCCUUCCGUCGAUCAGUUUAAAGCACAGAUUGAUGUUUAUGAGAACAUGUACGCUCACAUCAGCUCGCUUGAAGACGCCAAGGUGUUUGAAAGCUGGUUUAGAGUGGACAUUAGGUCAUUUAAAAGCAGUCUUUUAAAUACGAUCAAGAAAUGGAGCUGGAUGUUCAAAGAGCACCUCAUGACCUACGUCACGGAGAGUCUCAACGAAUUGGAAGAAUUUAUAAAAGAGGCAGACGAAGGCCUUCAGAGGCCUUUGAAGGAAGGUGACUACAGUGGUCUGGUGGAGGUCAUGGGCUAUCUUCUGGCAGUGAGAGACCGCCAGGCGACCACUGAUGAGCUCUUCCACCCCCUGAAGGAGACCAUUGUCCUGCUGGAAGGCUAUGGGCACCGCAUGCCGGCUCAUGUGUGCACACAGCUGGAGGAGCUGCCAGAGAAAUGGAACAAUACCAAGAAAAUUGCUGUGUCUGUGAAACACGAAGUUGCUCCUCUCCAGACAGCUGAGGUGUCAGUAAUUAGAAGGAAGUGUGUGGCAUUUGAAAUGAAGCAGUGCGAAUUUAGAGAAAGAUUUAGACUGGAAGCACCUUUUGCCUAUAAUUCCGAAAAACCUUACGGCCUACUACAAAAAGCAAACAGAGAGAUCCAGCAGCUGGAAGAAGAGAUGGCCAGCUUGCAGGAGUCCAGUAACCUGUUUGAAGUGAGCACUCCGGAGUACAGGCAACUCAAGCUGUGCCGUCAGGAAAUUGUGAUCCUCAAAGACCUGUGGGACAUCAUUAUAUAUGUUCGGACCAGUGUAGAUGCCUGGACAAAGACCCGCUGGAGAGAAGUCCGUGUGGAGCAGAUGGAGGUGGAGUUGCGGAGGUUUGCCAAGGACAUGUGGCAGCUGGACAAGGCGGCGCGGGCCUGGGGUGCCUACAGCGGCCUGGACUCCACCGUGAGGAACCUGCUGGCCUCCCUGCGCGCCGUGACCGAGCUGCAGAGCCCGGCCAUCAGAGAGCGCCACUGGGCCCAGCUGGUCAGCACCACGGGGGUGCAGUUCGCCAUGACUGAGGACACCACGCUGGCCGAGCUGCUGGCCCUGCAGCUGCACAGGGUGGAGGAGGAUGUGCGGAGCAUCGUGGACAAGGCAGUGAAGGAGAUGGGCAUCGAGAAGGUUCUCACAGAGAUCACCCAGACAUGGACAGCCAUGGAAUUCUGCUACGAAGACCACUACCGGACAUCAACUCCACUUUUAAAAUCGGAUGAAGAACUAAUUGAUGCUUUAGAAGACAACCAGGUGCAGCUGCAGGCCAUCCUGCAGAGCAAGCACGUGGAGCACUUCCUGGAGCAGGUGUCCGGCUGGCAGAGGAGGCUGACGGUGGCCGACUCGGUCAUCCUCAUCUGGCUGGAGGUGCAGCGGACCUGGGCGCACCUGGAGAGUAUCUUCAUCGGCUCCGAGGACAUCCGGGGGCAGCUGCCCCAGGACGCCGGGAGGUUCGACGGCAUAGAUGCGGAUUUUAAGGAACUCAUGUUUGAAAGCACCAAAACAAAGAACGUAAUAGAAGCCACCAACAAGCCCCAUUUGUUUGAAAGGCUCGAGGAUCUGCAGAAAAGGCUGGCGGUGUGCGAGAAGGCUUUAGCCGACUAUCUGGAAACCAAGCGGCUGGCCUUCCCCCGUUUCUACUUCGUCUCCUCUGCGGACUUGCUGGAUAUCCUUUCCAAAGGCACGCAGCCUAAAGAGGUCACACGGCACCUUGCCAAACUGUUUGACAAUAUGGCCGACUUACAGUUUGAGAGCAGUGAAAGGCAAAGUUCAGUGGCAGUGGGAAUGUUCAGCAAAGAAAAAGAAUAUGUUCCCUUCCACACGCACUGCAAUUGUAUCGGUCAGGUGGAGGUGUGGCUGAACCGCCUGGAGGAGGCGAUGCGCCGGACCGUCCGCGGCCAGCUGGCCGAGGCCCUGGGUGCCUACGAGGACAAGCCCCGGGAGCAGUGGGUCCUGGACUGGCCAGCGCAGGUCUCCCUCACCGGCUCCCAGAUCUGGUGGACCGCCGACGUGGGGAUAGCGUUCGAGAGGCUGGAGGAGGGCUUUGAAACGGCCCUGAGAGAUUACAAUAAGAAACAGAUCGCACAGCUGAACGCUCUCAUUAACAUGCUGCUGGGAGAGCUGGCUCCAGGAGACAGGCAGAAAGUCAUGACUAUCUGUACCAUCGAUGUUCACGCCAGGGAUGUGGUAGCAAAGCUCAUAGCUCAGAAGGUCGGCAGCUCUCAAGCCUUUGCCUGGCUGUCUCAGUUGCGCCCCCGCUGGGACGAGGAGCAGGGCCACUGUUUCGCCAACAUCUGCGAUGCGCAGUUCCGGUAUUCCUACGAGUAUCUGGGCAACACCUCCCGCCUGGUCAUCACGCCGCUCACGGACAGGUGUUACAUCACGCUGACGCAGUCCCUGCACCUGACCAUGAGUGGGGCUCCUGCAGGCCCAGCCGGCACAGGCAAGACAGAGACCACGAAGGACCUGGGCCGAGCGCUGGGCAUCAUGGUCUAUGUCUUCAACUGCUCCGAGCAGAUGGACUACAAGUCCAUCGGGAACAUCUAUAAAGGCCUGGCGCAGACGGGUGCCUGGGGCUGUUUUGAUGAGUUUAACCGAAUCUCCGUGGAGGUGCUGUCUGUAGUUGCUGUGCAAGUUAAAACCAUACAGGAUUCGAUAAGAAACAAGAGAAAGAGGUUUCUCUUCCUCGGGGAGGACAUUGCUCUGAAGCCGUCCGUGGGGAUAUUCAUCACAAUGAAUCCUGGCUAUGCAGGGAGAACAGAGCUCCCGGAAAACCUCAAAGCUUUAUUCAGGCCCUGUGCCAUGGUGGUGCCGGACAUCGAGCUGAUCUGCGAGAUCAUGCUUGUUGCUGAAGGCUUCCUUUCCGCACGGCUGCUGGCCAGAAAGUUCAUUACUUUAUACACUCUCUGCCGAGAACUGCUCUCGAAACAGGACCAUUAUGACUGGGGCCUGCGAGCGGUCAAGUCAGUUCUGGUGGUUGCAGGCUCCCUGAAGAGAGGAGACAAGAACAGACCCGAAGAUCAGGUACUGAUGCGCGCCCUGAGAGACUUCAACCUGCCCAAGAUCAUCGCAGAUGAUGUCCCCAUUUUCAUGGGCCUCAUCAGGGACCUGUUCCCAGCCCUGGAGGUGCCCAGGCAGAGAGACCUGGAGUUCGAGCAGAUGGUGAGACAGUCCACCCUGGACCUCUGCCUGCAGCCUGAGGAGAGCUUUGUCCUCAAAGUGAUUCAGCUGGAGGAGCUCCUGGCUGUUCGUCAUUCAGUGUUUGUGGUUGGAAAUGCAGGAACAGGAAAAAGCCAGGUUUUGAAAACCUUGAACAGAACCUACUCCACGCUGAGGAAGAAGCCUGUGUGGAGCGACUUGAACCCGAAGGCCGUCGCCACCGACGAGCUGUUCGGCUUCGUCCACCCCGCCACGCGCGAGUGGAAAGACGGGCUCCUGUCGUGUCUGCUGCGCGAGCAGGCCAACCUCCCUCACGGCGGGCCGAAGUGGAUCGUGCUGGACGGAGACAUAGACCCCAUGUGGAUCGAGUCCCUCAACACUGUCAUGGACGACAAUAAGGUGCUGACGCUGGCCAGCAACGAACGGGUGCCUCUCACUCCCUCCAUGCGGCUGCUCUUUGAAAUCAGCCAUCUAAGGACGGCCACGCCGGCCACCGUGUCCCGAGCGGGAAUCCUCUACGUCAACCCCCAGGAUCUGGGCUGGAACCCCGGCGCGCUGCUGGUGCACACCCCUGAGACCGUGCGGCUCAAGUACUUUGUCAACCUGCUCCUGCGGAGGGGCAAGCCUGUGAUGCUGGUGGGAAACGGCGGGGUGGGGAAGACCGUGCUGGUCGGAGACACCCUGUCAGCACUCUCCGAUGAUCACAUGGUCUCCAAAGUGCCCUUGAACUACUACACCACGUCCGCCAUGCUGCAGAGGGUCCUGGAGAAGCCCUUGGAGAAAAAAGCUGGCCGAAACUACAGCCCUCCAGGAAACAAGAGGCUGAUCUAUUUUAUUGAUGACCUCAACAUGCCGGCAGUGGACACCUAUGGCACAGUGCAGCCCCACACUCUCAUCAGACAGCACCUGGAUUACAAGCACUGGUACGACAGACAGAAACUAACUCUUAAAGAAGUUCACAACUGUCAGUAUGUGGCCUGCAUGAAUCCCACAGCUGGGAGUUUCACUGUGAAUUCAAGACUGCAGAGACAUUUUGCAGUGUUUGCUGUCAAUUUCCCGUGUGCGGAGGCUCUGGACACCAUCUACUCCCAGAUCCUGUACGUAGCUAGCUGGAUUGACACGAGGAGCCAGCAGUCGGAGAAGGCCAAUCUGACCAUCCUGUUUGAGAAAUACGUCCCCCCGUGUCUGGAGCAGCUGAGGAGCACGAUUAAAACCAUCACCCCCAUUCCUGAGAGCAGCAUGGUGCAGAAUGUUCCUCCUGACUCCCCUCGAGAACUCUAUGAGAUUUAUUUCGUCUUUGCCUGUAUCUGGGCCUUCGGGGGAGCAGUCUAUCAGGAUCAGGGCAUUUUGUUCUCCUCGGCUGACUGUCUGAAACAGAGCAGCGAUCUGGUGCGGCUCUGGAUGCACGAAGCAUCUCGAGUGUACUCUGACAAGCUGGUGGAGACCAAGGACUGCGAGCUCUUCAACAAGUUACUUUUGGAUGCCGCACACAAACACUUUGAGGGCGUGGAGGAUCAUAUCCUACGGCAGAGGCCUCUGAUUUAUUGCCACUUUGCCAACGGAGUUGGAGAAUCCCGCUAUAUGCCAGUCAGAGACUGGGAGACGCUGAAGAAAGUGCUGGUGGAGACUCUGGAGAGCUACAACGAGCUCAACGCAGCAAUGAACCUUGUGUUGUUUGAAGAUGCGAUGCAGCAUGUCUGCCGAAUCAGCCGCAUCCUGCAGGCCUGCCGGGGCUACGCGCUGCUGGUGGGGGUGGGCGGCAGUGGGAAGCAGAGUCUGUCCAGGCUGGCCGCCCACAUCAGCGCCCUGGACGUCUUCCAGGUCUCUCUCCGCAGGGGCUACGGCAUCCAGGACCUGCGGGUGGACCUGGCCAAUUUGUACAUCAAGACGGGUGCCAAGAACAUGCCCACUAUGUUCCUACUGACAGACGCGCAGGUGCCCAGCGACAGCUUCCUUGUGCUCAUUAACGACUUGCUGGCCACAGGUGAAAUCCCAGAGCUGUUCAGCGACGAAGAGGAGGAUGGAAUCGUGUCAGGAAUCAGGAGUGAGGUCAGGGGACUCGGCUUGCCGGACAGCAGGGAGAGCUGCUGGAAGUUCUUCAUAGAUCGAGUCAGACAGCAGCUGAAGGUGGCGCUGUGCUUCUCCCCCGUGGGCAGCACUCUGCGAGUCAGGGCCCGUAGGUUUCCCGCCAUCGUGAGCUGCACAGCCGUCGACUGGUUCCACGAGUGGCCACAGGAGGCGCUGCAGUCCGUCAGUAGGCGCUUCCUGGAGGGGGUCCAGGGGGUCGAGCCUCACAUCCAGGAUUCCAUUAGUCUCUUCAUGGCCCAUGUUCACACCAGUGUCAACGAGAUGAGUGAAAAAUACUGGCGGAAUGAGAAGAGGUACAACUACACCACCCCCAAGAGCUUUCUGGAGCAAAUCAGCCUCUUCAGGAACCUGCUGCAGAAGAAACAGCAGGAACUUUCUCAAAAAAUGGAGCGUCUUGUCAACGGCAUCCAGAAAUUAAAGACAACCGCGUCCCAGGUGGAGGACCUGAAGGCCAAACUUGCUUCUCAGGAGGUUGAGUUAAAUCUGAAGAACCAAGAUGCGGAAGCUUUGAUUAGUAAGAUAGGGCGUCAGACUGAGAAAGUGAGCCGAGAGAGACGCAUAGCAGAUGCAGAAGAGCAGAGGGUGGCUGCGAUCCAGGCUGAGGUCUCCGCGAGGCAGAAAGACUGCGAGACGGACCUGGCGAAAGCUGAGCCCGCCCUGGUGGCGGCCACCUCAGCACUGAACACCCUGAACAAGGUGAACCUGACGGAGCUCAAGACGUUCCCCAACCCGCCGGCGGCCGUGACCGACGUGGCGGCUGCCGUGAUGGUGCUGCUGGCGCCCCGCGGCCGCGUGCCCAAGGACCGCGGCUGGAGGGCCGCCAAGGCCUUCAUGGGGAAGGUGGACGACUUCCUGCAGGCCUUGGUGAGCUACGACAAGGAGCACAUCCCUGAGAGCUGCCUGAGGGUGGUGAAGGGGGAGUACCUGAGCAGCCCCGACUUCCGCCCCGAGCGGGUCCGCGCCAAGUCCUUCGCCGCGGCCGGGCUGUGCGCCUGGGUCAUCAACAUUGUCAAGUACUACGAGGUUUACUGCGACGUGGAGCCCAAGAGACGAGCCCUGUCCGUGGCGAACACAGAGCUGGAGACGGCGACAGGGAGGCUGGGAGCGAUCCGGAAGAGGCUGCUGGAUUUGGAUGGCAGCCUGAGUCGCCUCACAGCUCAGUUUGAGAAGGCCACAGCGGACAAGCUGCAGUGCCAGGAGGGAGUGACCAGGACCACCCGCACCAUCGAGCUGGCCAACAGGCUGGUCAGGGGGCUGGAGGCUGAAGACGUUCGCUGGGCUCAGGCCGUGGGGCAGCUUGAGGCCCAGCGGAAGACCCUGUGUGGGGACGUUCUGCUGACGGCGGCGUUCGUCUCCUACGUGGGCUCCUUCACCAGGCGCUACCGGGAGGAUCUGCUGGGGAUGUGGAUCCCUUUCUUAAAAUCCCAGAAGGUGCCCAUCCCACUGACCGAGGGCCUGGAUCCGAUUGGCAUGCUGACGGACGACGCCACCGUGGCGGCCUGGAAUAACGAAGGGCUGCCCGGUGACCGCAUGUCGGCCGAGAACGCCGCCAUCCUGACCAGCUGCGCCCGCUGGCCUCUGCUCAUUGAUCCCCAGCAGCAGGGGAUCAAGUGGGUUCAGAAUAAGUACGGCGCCGAUCUGAAGGCCGUUCGUCUUGGCCAGAAAGGGUAUUUAGAUACGCUUGAGAGAGCGCUGGCCUGUGGUGAGACCGUCCUGAUUGAAAAUCUGGAGGAAACUGUGGACCCCAUUCUAGAUCCCCUGCUGGGAAGAAACACUAUUAAAAAAGGAAGGUACAUCAAAAUAGGAGACAAGGAGUGUGAAUACAGCAGUGGGUUCCGCCUCAUUCUGCACACCAAGCUGGCCAACCCCCACUUUCAGCCGGAGACGCAGGCCCAGACCACCCUCAUCAACUUCACCGUGACCCGGGAUGGCCUGGAGGAGCAGCUGCUGGCCGGGGUGGUCAGCGCAGAGAGACCCGACCUGGAGAGGCUCAAGUCUGAGCUCACCAAGCAGCAGAACGACUUCAAGAUCGAGCUGAAGAGACUGGAGGACGAGCUGCUGACCCGCCUGUCCACGGCUGAGGGCAGCUUCCUGGGGGACAACGUGUUGGUGGAGAAGCUGGAGAGAACCAAGCAGACGGCCACAGAGAUCGAGGCCAAGGUGCUGGAAUCUCAGGAGAAUGAGAGAAAGAUCAACGAGGCACGGGAACUCUACCGCCCAACUGCAAGACGAGCCUCAAUCCUCUACUUCAUCAUCAACGACCUGAGCAAGAUCAACCCGAUGUACCAGUUCUCCCUGAAGACCGCCUUCCAGAUUCUUCUGACCAACAAGACACUAGAUCCCCAGGAGCUGGACUUCCUGCUGAGAUUCCCCGUGGAGCAGAGCAGCAGAAGCCCAGUGGACUUCUUGUCCCCACAGUCCUGGGGGGCCAUUAAGACGAUGUCAGCGAUGGAUGAGUUUCGCGGCCUGGACAAGGAUAUCGAGGGGUCUGCAAAGCGCUGGAAGAAGCUGGUGGAGUCCGAGUGUCCGGAGAAGGAGAGGUUUCCGCAGGAAUGGAAAAAUAAGAGCUCCCUGCAGAAGGUGAUCAUGCUGAGAGCCCUGCGCCCGGACAGAGUGACGUACGCGAUCAGAAACUUCGUGGAGGAAAGCAUGGGCUCAAAGUAUGUUGAGGGGAUGCGGGUGGAGUUUGAGAAGUCCUUUGAGGAAAGCAGCCCUGCCACUCCUGUGUUCUUCAUCCUGUCCCCUGGAGUCAACCCUCUGACCGAUGUGGAGUCUCUCGGUAAAAAGCUGGGCUUCAGGAUAGACCUGGGGAAGCUGCACAACGUGUCUCUCGGGCAAGGGCAGGAGGUGGUGGCAGAGGCGGCGCUGCUGAAGGCCUCCCGAGAGGGGCACUGGGUCAUUCUGCAGAACGUACAUUUGGUGGCCGGGUGGCUAGGGACUCUGGAGAAACUACUGGCGAGUACCAGUGAGGACAGCCACCCAGACUACAGGGUGUUUAUCAGUGCUGAGCCAGCAGCUACCCCCGAGGAGCACAUCAUCCCCCAGGGAAUCCUGGAGAACUCCAUCAAAAUCACCAACGAGCCACCUGCCGGCCUGCUUGCUAACCUGCACGCUGCCUUGUACAACUUUGACCAGGAUACACUGGAAAUGUGUGCCAGGGAGCAGGAGUUCAAGAGUAUCCUGUUCUCUCUCUGCUACUUCCAUGCCUGCGUAGCUGAAAGGCGGAAGUUUGGCCCCCAGGGCUGGAACCUCAGCUACCCCUUCAACACAGGGGACCUCACCAUAUCUGCCAACGUCCUCUACAACUACCUGGAGGCCAACAGCAAGGUCCCCUGGGAGGAUCUGCGCUACCUGUUUGGUGAGAUCAUGUAUGGAGGACACAUCACGGAUGACUGGGACAGACGACUGUGCCGCACCUAUCUGGAGGAGUUCAUGAACCCUGCAAUGCUGGAGGGGGGGCUGUUUCUCUGCCCCGGCUUUCCAGCUCCCCCAAACCUGGAUUACCUCGGUUACCACGAAUACAUUGACGACUCGCUGCCCCCCGAGAGCCCAGCGCUGUACGGCCUGCACCCCAACGCCGAGAUCGAGUUCCUGACCGCGACCUCGGACGCGCUGCUCCGGACCCUGCUGGGGCUGCGACCCCCUGGCUCCGCGGACAGCGAGGUGGCCGCGCCCAGCGCCGAGGAGCAGGUUAAAAACACCCUUGACGGGAUUUUGGAGCAGCUCCCGGAAGAAUUCAACCUGCAGGAGAUCAUGCAGAAGACACCGGAGCGCAGUCCGUACAUCCUGGUGUGCCUUCAGGAGUGUGAGCGCAUGAACCUGCUGAUCGAGGAGGUCAGGAGGUCACUUAAAGAGCUGGACCUGGGACUGAAGGGAGAGCUGACCAUUUCCUCCAAGAUGGAAGUUCUGCAGUUGGCUUUGUACUAUGACAAUGUGCCCGACUCCUGGACCAGGCUGGCUAACCCUUCCACCUACAGCCUGGCACAGUGGUUCAGUGACCUCCUGCAGCGCUGCCGAGAGCUGGACACCUGGACGCAGGACCUGGUCCUCCCGGCGGUGGUGUGGCUGUCUGGUCUCUUCAAUCCCCAGUCCUUCCUCACGGCAAUAAUGCAGAGCAUCGCUCGGAAGAACGAGUGGCCUUUGGAUAAGAUGCGACUGACCGUAGACGUGACCAAGAAGACGAAGGAAGACUACGGCCACCCGCCGCGUGAAGGAUCCUACGUUCACGGCCUGUACAUGGAGGGUGCUCGCUGGGACAGUCAGAGCGGCCUGAUGGCGGAGGCCCACCUCAAGGACCGGGCCCCCGCCCUGCCCGUGCUCCUCCUGCGGGCCGGCCCAGCUGACCGGCAGGAGCCGGCCGCCGCCUACGAGUGUCCCGUCUACAGGACCAGGGCCCGCGGGCCCACCUACGUCUGGACCUUCCCCCUCAAGACCAAAGAGAAGCCCGCCAAGUGGGUGCUGGGAGGCGUGGCGCUGCUGCUGUCUGUGUGACACCGGCGGGACAUCCCUGCAGCAGGAAUCCCAGUGGCGCCGGGGAAAAGCAGUUUCGUGAAGAAAACAGGAGAAAUCCGGGAGAAUUAAAGAAAGACUUUUAUUGAAAUAAAAUGAAGUUUACAAAGAAACACGGCGGUCUUUAAUUAACAUUACCUAACAGUCCGACCACAUAAAUUUACAAUCCUCAGGACCACUGAAGCUGCCAUAACAAAUUUUAGGUGGGUAACUGCGUCAGCAUGCGCAGGCUGCAAAGGAACAAGUAAUGGGUUUAUUCCAGGCUGAAAAGAGAAGAA